AUGUCUGUGCAGGGAGCCUCGUUGGGACUGCUGGGCUCCCUCAACUCCAGCUCUCUCUCCCCCUACCUUGGGCUGGCUGCCAACCUGACGGGGCCCACGUGCCUGGAGGUGUCCGUUCCUGAUGGGCUUUUCCUCAGCCUGGGACUGGUGAGCCUGGUGGAGAACGUGCUGGUGGUCACUGCCAUCGCCAAAAACCGCAACCUGCACUCACCCAUGUACUUCUUCAUCUGCUGCCUGGCCGUGUCCGACCUGCUGGUGAGUGGCAGCCGUGUGCUGGAGACGGCCGUGUUGCUGCUGUUGGAGGCCAGUGUGCUGGCACCCCGGGCUACGGCCCUACAGCAGCUGGAUGCUGCCACGGAUGCGCUGCUCUGCAGCUCCAUGGUGUCCAGCCUGUCUUUCCUGGGGGCCAUCGCUGUGGACCGCUACAUCUCCAUCUUCUACGCAUUGCGCUACCACAGCAUUGUGACGCUAUCUCGGGCGUGGCGGGCCAUGGGCGCCAUCUGGGCUGCCAGUGUCCUGUCUGGCACCCUCUCCGUGACCUUCUACAACCACACGGCCGUCCUGCUUGGCCUCAUCAGCUUCUUCGUGGCCAUGCUGGCACUCAUGGCCGUGCUCUACUUGCACAUGCUCGCCCGGGCCCGCCAACAUGCCCAGGGUACCCCUCGGCUCCACAAGAGCAGGCGGCCUGUCCACCAUAUCUUCUGCCUUAAGGGCGCAGCUACCCUCACGCUGCUGCUGGGUGCUUUCUUCCUCUGCUGGGGUCCCUUCUUCCUGCACCUGUCGCUCAUUGUGCUCUGCCCCCAGCACCCCACCUGCAGCUGCAUCUUCAAGAACUUCACUUUGUCCCUGACCCUCAUCAUCUGCAACUCCAUCAUAGACCCACUCAUCUAUGCCUUCCGUAGUCAGGAGCUCCGACGGACCCUGUGGGAUGGACUGUCCUGCUCCUGCCCCAAGCCACCCUCCUACACGGCCACCACCACCCUGGCGAGUCCCAGCGCGCAGGUGACAGGUGGGGACCGUGCCCAGCGCGCGCCACCCCUCACCACGGAGCAGCGGGGCAUUCCUCUGCUCGUGUCAGCCGGCCAGACCCCCGGGGCCAGGCCGCGCCCGGCCUCCCAAGCCCCACGACUGGACCCCGCACAGGGGAGCGAGACCCGCGCACAAAGCCGGGAGAGAGGGGAACGGCUAGGCCUUAUAAGAGCGGGCGGCGCGGGCGGCGGCGCUGCAGCAGCUCGGCCCGUCGGCGCUUCCCGCACUCACCCACCCGCAGCACCGAGCAUGAGGGAGAUCGUGCACAUUCAGGCCGGCCAGUGCGGCAACCAGAUCGGGGCCAAGUUCUGGGAGGUCAUCAGCGAUGAGCACGGCAUAGACCCCAGCGGCAACUAUGUGGGGGACUCGGAUCUGCAGCUGGAGCGUAUCAGUGUCUACUACAAUGAGGCCUCCUCUCACAAGUAUGUUCCUCGAGCCAUCCUGGUUGAUUUGGAGCCUGGCACCAUGGACAGUGUCCGGUCUGGGGCCUUUGGGCACCUCUUCAGGCCUGACAAUUUCAUCUUUGGUCAGAGUGGUGCUGGCAACAACUGGGCCAAGGGUCACUACACGGAGGGCGCAGAGCUAGUGGACUCGGUCCUGGACGUGGUGCGUAAGGAGUGUGAGAAUUGCGACUGUCUACAGGGCUUCCAGCUCACCCACUCGUUGGGCGGUGGCACAGGUUCGGGCAUGGGCACCCUGCUCAUCAGCAAGGUGCGUGAGGAGUACCCCGAUCGCAUCAUGAACACCUUCAGUGUGGUGCCCUCGCCCAAGGUGUCAGACACAGUGGUGGAACCCUACAACGCCACCCUGUCCAUCCACCAGCUGGUGGAGAACACAGACGAGACCUACUGCAUCGACAACGAGGCGCUGUACGACAUCUGCUUCCGCACCCUCAAGCUGGCCACACCUACCUAUGGUGACCUCAACCACCUGGUGUCGGCCACCAUGAGCGGUGUCACCACCUCCCUACGCUUCCCUGGCCAACUGAAUGCUGACCUGCGCAAACUGGCGGUGAACAUGGUGCCCUUCCCACGGCUACACUUCUUCAUGCCUGGCUUUGCCCCACUCACAGCCCGGGGCAGCCAGCAGUACCGCGCCCUGACGGUGCCUGAGCUCACUCAGCAGAUGUUUGAUGCCAAGAACAUGAUGGCCGCAUGUGACCCACGCCAUGGCCGCUACCUCACGGUGGCCACUGUAUUCCGCGGCCGCAUGUCCAUGAAGGAGGUGGACGAGCAGAUGUUGGCUAUCCAGAGCAAGAACAGCAGCUACUUCGUGGAGUGGAUCCCCAACAACGUGAAGGUGGCUGUGUGCGACAUCCCACCGCGUGGCCUGAAGAUGUCUUCCACCUUUAUCGGCAACAGCACGGCCAUACAGGAGCUGUUCAAGCGCAUCUCGGAGCAGUUCACGGCUAUGUUCCGCCGCAAAGCCUUCCUGCACUGGUACACGGGCGAGGGUAUGGACGAGAUGGAGUUCACUGAAGCUGAGAGCAACAUGAAUGACCUGGUGUCCGAGUACCAGCAGUACCAGGACGCCACGGCUGAGGAGGAGGGUGAGAUGUAUGAAGAUGACGAAGAAGAGUCAGAGGCUCAGGGCCCCAAGUGAGGCUUCUGAGCGCUGUGGGCAGGUGUCAGCCAGCAAGGCUCGUCCAGGCCCUCAGUCCACUCACCUGCCGCAGGCUACCAGCUCGCUCAGCGCUCACACUCCCUUCGAGUGUCCCAGUUUCCCCAUUGAACCCCCUCUUCUUUUUGUGUUGUCUCUUUGCUUCACUGUUGGCUCCAGGCCUGAUGUUUUAUGGCAGUUUAUUUUCUUUUUACUAGUUUAUGUUUUUAUGGGGGGAUACUUAAUAAAUUUAUUGCGGCCAAA